UCAAGCUGUCCGAGCCCGAUGUAAGGGAGUCCUGCGCUCUUACGGCGCUCUGAAAAACAUCUCCCUGUACGUUAUUUUAAGGCUACGCCAUAGCGGCACAACGAGAGGACGCACUGCGAGCAUGAAACGGUACGUCGCCAUUGAACGAUUUUUUUAGGAAGCCUGCAUAAUACAGGAACUUCUGCGUGGUGUGGGCAUCUGUUUGGAAACUAAAGGAAGAAUGUGUCGUUCCGUUUUGGCCCCCCGCGAUAACUAUUACUUAAAGAUGAAAGUCGAUAACCAGGACCGGGAGAACAGCUUUAUCACGGCGGUGAAAAGUGAAGCCAGCUCAAGUCAUUUUUGGCCACAGUGCAAUUAAACGUGUCGGUCACCUUUGGUAUCCACUGAUGUCUUUUGGCGCCGUGCAUGACGCGCCGCGGGUGAGAGAGUGACCGAUUGCUCUUUUUCUGAGAGAAGAGAGAGGCUGGAUAAAAACAGCAUCCAGACAUUCGGGCAUCGCCAGCCAGCCCAUCCGAGCAGCCGUCUCGCCUCUUCCCUUGCUCCCCAGACCCAUGCAGGAUGCCCGAGGAUCGCCGGGGAGUCCUGGUCCACCUCAGCCAGAGUUCAUGACGCGCUGGGCGGCCUCGUCAUGCGUCUCCUGCCCGAGCCCAGCGCCCAGUCCCUUCGGCUUCUCUUCCUCUUUAUCUUCGUUAUGGGGGUGGCCCCGUCUCCGGCUCUGACGGCCGGCUGCCCGGACAGAUGUGUUUGCGAUGACCAGCUGGUGGUCCAGUGUGCCGGACAGGAUCUGACCCUGUUCCCCAUGGAUCUCCCUCUCGCCACCAGGCAGCUCAUCAUCUCAAACAACCGCAUCGGAGACCUACCUGCGCUUCAGCUCAACUACCUAUCCGACCUGGUGUACCUGGACUGCAGCAACAACUCCUUGACCGAGAUCUCUGAGUCGACCUUCGGGAACCUCCGGAAGCUGGCCUACCUCGACCUGUCUUUCAACAACCUGCUUCAGAUCGAGGACCGGACGUUCGGGCCCCUGGCGUCCCUGGUGAUGCUCCGGCUGACGGAUAACCCGAGUCUUGGUGAGAUCCACCCGGACGCCUUCGCGGAGAACGUGGCGCUGCAGGUGCUGGACGUGAGUCGGAACAACCUGACCGCGCUCAACAUCAGCACGCUGAUCGCCUUGCCCUCGCUCCGGUCGUUGGGACUGAGCGGCAACCCGUGGCGGUGUGAUUGUGACACGGAAGACCUCUGUCUCUGGGUGCAGAUAGAGGGAUUCAAGUUUCAAGACGAGGGUCAGACGGUGUGCCAGGACCCCCCGGAGAUGUCGGGCCAGCGGCUGGCGGAGGUGGGCAUGCAGCUGCGCACCGACUGCCACCAGGGCCUGGGCUACUGGGACUACCUGUUCUUCAUCGCCAUCGGCUUCGUCAUCUUCUCGGCGGGCACGGUGUCGGCGUGGGUCAUGGGCGUGCUGAUGGUCCUCUACGAGCGCUACGCCAAGCGCAAGAGCGAGGAGCAGGACAGCGACGACGACGACGACCGCGGCGGGGGCAUGUGCGGCGGACAGGGCAACGGGGACCUCAACAAGCCCAGCAUGCAGGUGUGA